GCAAGUUGUGCAAGUUGUCCAGCGUUUUCUCAGCGCGUCGGCGCAGAGGCAGCGGUAGAGAAGAACCGAGAACUGGCAAGACAGCGGCUUUUCCCUGCCAGAAAGGCACCUUCUCGCUCGAGCCGCUCCGGCGGUCGACCAGAGCGCGCCGCCAAAGACUCGCGUUGCGCCUUCGCAAGCUCCUCUUCUUUGCCGACAUUAAAAUGUCUUCCGCUCUCCCCAAGUGAAUCGGCGCGCCUCUCUUUUCCGGCUUCCUCCUCUGCGUCGAGGAGACACCCUCGCGAGGGGAAAAGGAGACAGAGAGACAAAAGGCUUCAGCCACAGCAACGGCGAAUGCAGGAAAUGCAAAGGGAGAAGAAGAGAAGACCCAGAAGAAAAGGAGAUCCGCGGAAAGAGGCGGAGAGGUGCAGUCGGAGAAGAGGAGACGGAGAGGAAGAGACAAGCUAGAGAAGACAGAGGAGAGGAGACAGAGGAGAGCAGAGAGAAGAAAAUAUGACAAACGCAGGGGCGCCGCAAUGGGCAGGAGUGUGAGGCGUUCGAAGGAAACGAAGAAGAAACGACACAGAAGAGACGAGGAGGGAGAAAAAUAGAAUGAGAACUGGAAGGAGAACGAAAGGUCGCAAGCAGUCUAGAUGCGCAAGGCGUUAAGUGGAAGUUGAAGCCGAAGUCGGGAUGCAGGCCUAGAUUGUCAAGUCGAGCAGUGGCGACGACAAUGUUUUACGUUUUCCUUGUCCUGAUUCGAUUCUGGGUCUGUCUCUCUAGAGGAACUGUGUGUUUGUGUGUGUAUUUUUUUCUGUCCGUCCUCUUUGUUUUCGUCUCGUACUCUUUCCGCGCUUCACCCUUCGACAUCCGUUGCUCGAUGGCAUCAUUCUCUGGGAUCGAGAGCCCCAGUUCGUCUAGCGUUUUGACGCGCUUGCAUCGGCGUUUGUUUUUUUUCUGAGCCUGUCUCUGCCUGGACGAUGGACUGUGGCAAAGGCGAUUGCUCGUCCUCCUCGGCAGAGGAGAAGAACUCUCUUAAACUCUCACUCUGGCCAAUUCCGUAUUCUUCUCUGUCAACUUCUUCCUCUGCUGCCUCUGCUUCUCGAUCCUCUUCAUCUCCAUCUUCCAUGUUGUCUUUUGCGUGGUUCUCUUCCUGCUUGUUCCUCCCGUUCUUGGGGGGAUCCGCGUCAAUCGACGAGGACGACCUUGGGAAGGCCGAGGCGUUUUUGAAGGCCCUCGAGGCCGAGCGUCGUCGCGCGCCGACUGCCCCGUCGCUGCUUCGCGCCUUGCAUGCGUCGAAGCUCCUGUAUCCCGCCUACCUUCUCGGCUUGCUAAGACUCCUCGAGGUGCUCCUCGCCGCAUGUCUCCCUCUGCUUCUCCGCAGCCUCGUCGCCGCCGUCGAGGCGCCGCUUCCCGUCGGCCGAGCCUUUCGGAACUCUUGUCUCCCCUCCGAGGCACCCGAUGCUCCGCUCUUUUCUCUACAUGCAGCGACUGCAUGCGCGGCGGCCGCGACCGGAGCGAGCUCGCCGUGGGGGUCGGUGCAUGCAACGGCGCUCGGUGCGUCGCUGCUGCACCCGGCGAGCUCGCAGGACGCGCGCGACCCAGGCGUCGAGGCCUGGGGGGCAGCCGCUGCGUAUCCCUGCCUGUUGUCUUUCUUCUCUUCGCCUUUCGCGUCCUUCGCCGCCGAGGGGACGGACGCUGUGGAACCGCUCGCGUUCGACGCUCACCUCUGUGGCGCAGAGCCUUCGCUCGAAUCCCGAGUGAACCUCGUCCUUCUCCUCGCCGUCAGCAUGGUCGUUUGCAGUCUCCUGCACGUCGCCGUUGGCGUAUACCUUGGACAGCGCAUGCGGCGCGUCGCGCUGGAGGUGAAAGUCGCUCUCCUCGCCGCCGCCUUCCGCGUCACACUCGAGCCGAGACGCCGAGACGAAGUAAUCUGCGAGUCGAAAGCAGUGAGACCAGAGAGAAGCAGCGGUGAAAGGGGAGAAGAGGACGAAGAGGACGCCAACGCGAAUGAGGACAGAAACGCACUUGAAGGAGGAGAAGCAAGCGAAGGAUACCGCGUCAUAAAACGAAGCACAAGCGUCGAUCACCUGCCGUUCGCUUCCCGCGGUCGAGACGCGCCUCGCGAGAGAAGAAGUGGAACUUCCUCUUCGCUUUCAGAUGCCCGGACGCGAACCCGCCAGUCUUCCGCAGCCGCAUCAGACGCAACAGAGACGCCGGAGGUGGAGAAAGCAUCGCGGACGACGCCCUGGAGAGGAGUCCUCCACAGCGAAGGCGAGGAGACGCGCGCUGCGAAGGGGAGUCGCAGGGCACCACGAGAGGCCGAAGCGUCGGAAAGGAGUGAGGAGGAAGCAAAGCAGAAUCCAGACGAGCAGCCGAGGAAAGGCAGAGCGACGCCAAACAGGGCCGGGAGAGGCCCAGCGACAGAGGCGAAAGGACUGCACUUGAAGACUGCGACUGUGGGCAGAGAGAGCGCAGAAGACGAAGGGGAAGCAGGGACAGACGAGGUUUCCGACACGCCACCCGAACGGAUAUUCCGGCAUCGAGCCUGGCCAGGCGCGGCGCCCAGUGAGGAGAUCGAAGCCCAGUUGUGCGACGGAGAGAGAGCGGAGCUGCAGUCCACCACGCGGAGAUUUGAGUGUGAGUCGCUCCAUGGAUGCACCGUCCAUGCUUCUUCCACUGUUGCGGUGCCCCCUAUGGCCUCUUGCUUUCCUUCUUCCUCUUCUUCCUCUGCGUCGUCUUCUUCCUCUUCUUCCUCUUCUUCCUCUUCUUCCUCUGCGUCCUCUACGUCGUCUUCUUCCUCUGCGUCGUCUUCUUCCUCUGCGUCGUCUGCUGUGUCUCCCAUGCCUUCGCCUUCUUCUCUUGCCGCCUGCUCUCCUUCUUUAGCGUCGCUCGAAGUCUCUGGACUGGCGCCCUGCCGGACGCUGCAGGCGCCUGCCGCCUCCUUUUUUGGCAGCCGAGAUCUCCUUUCUGCGCGAUCCUCCCUGCCUCAGAGUCACUCGCUGCGUUCACCGUUUCUUCGUCCUCCUCUGCGGGCCGCUCCCCCGGCGACGCCCGGCGCGAGGCCGCAGGAGACUUCACGUUCGCUGCAUGCGCGCGGCCUCGAGCAAGCAGCCGCGUCUCUCCCCCCUGUCCCGCUGCAUGCGCGCGUCCGAGGCGCCAUUGAAAGCGCGGCGUCGCAUGCAAUCAGACGAACGAUGAGCGUGGUGGAAGGUCUCAACACAACGGCCCUGGACGUAGCGAGUUCAGCUGUAGCGACAGCUGCGGCAACGGCCCAGUUGGUGCGCGGUGACCGAAGCCGAGGUCCGGCAGAGGGAAGAAGGAGGCGAGUGGACGCGAGAGCAGGCAGACGCGCGAGACGCAUCGGCGAGAAGGAACCGGCAAGAAACGCAGAAGAGGACAGCAGCUGCGGGGACUUCUCAGGCGUCGACAGCGACCUCGCCAGCAGCGUUGACGAACGCCCCAGCUCCUCAGAUUCUUCGGCUAGCUGGGAGGAGGACGGAGAGGUGGACGUCGAGUUGGAUGCGUCAGCUCCGUGGGAGAGCUCGCCAUCUUCCAGGAGCAUCAAGGCCGACGUCGCGGAACUUUCCUCUUCUCGUUCUUCUUCCGCUGCAGCUGAAGAGCUAUGCCCUUCUGGUGCCCGCCUCCCCUGGCGCUCGCAGGUCGCUGCAAACGCGCUGACGCGCUUCGCCUGGCGUCCGGAGGUUCUGACAAGCUGUCUGCGCGACCGACGGGGGACAGAGAGAAGACGAAGCAGCGGGGACCUCUCCGCCGUCGCUGCGGCAGCUGCUGCGGCGACUCUAGCUGUGUUUCGUUCUCCUCUCGCGUUCUCGUCUAGAGGAAAAGAGGGAGGCGAGGACAACAAGACUCUCAACGCAAGGGGAGAGGCCGCAGACCUCCGCGCGCAGGCGUACACGCAGUUUGGACGGGCAGACGCCAUCCCUGGGGAGGGGACUCGAGAGCAACAGUCUGGAGAGAGAGAUUCCGAAUUUGCGCCUCCCCGAUUCUGUGCCCGAGAGAGCGAACAGUCUCUUCGAGACGAUGAAGAGGAUGGUGGAGCGGGAGCUCGGAGCCGCGGACCUGCGACCUUGCGAACCACUGCGGGUGUACGGACACCCGGAGAGUCGGCGCGGGACGCCGAGUCGAGUGCGCCGGCCCCGGCUGGCGUCUGUGCGAGUGGCGAUCGAGGCAACGCGAUUUACGAGGCAUCUUCGUCGUUCGUCUUUCCACUUCGGCGUUGCUCUUCGGCGCCAGCUUUGCCGCACUUUCUCAGUGAUCUGUCUUUGUUCUCAGCUCGCCAGGAGGCGCCUUCGAAGGCCGGCUGCAACGUCUCGCGUGCCAACGCCUCCCGAGCGUCGCGCUGGUUCUCUGGGGUGGCGUUUCGAAAGGACAAGGAGCGCACUGCCGAUGGGAGUACGCGCGAACCACGACAAGAAGGUGGAGCGUCUCCGCCGAAGAAACAGCGACACAAACGCGAGCGGGGGCCGCGAUCCGGUGCAGUACCCGUUGAACUCACGACGCUGCUCAGUGUGGACGGCGAACGCAUCCAAGGCGGUGUCUGCACCCUCCACGAAGCGUGGGCAACGCCGCUGACGCUGGGCAUCACACUCUGGCUGAUUUACGUCCAGAUUCCGAAGGCCUUUCUCCCAGGACUUAUCGUGAUUGCGGUGUGUCUCCUUCUGCAAAUUCUUCUGACUCGGCACUUGCGCCAUUUGACGCGGCGCUUGAUGGUCUGCCGAGACGCGCGCCUGCAUGCUUGCCGAGAAUUUUUCGCGCAGUUCCGACAUGUCAAACUCCUCUGUCUCGAACGCUUUGCCUAUCGCCGUCUUCGUGUGCUUCGCCACCACGAGCUGCAGCGCCUCAAGUGGCGCUAUUAUCUGCAUGCCAUUGGGAGUUACUUUUUCAUUUGCACUCCAUUGGUCGUGAAGGUGGUAGUUUUGUUCUCCCUGGUCUGUUCGCACCAGAAGCUCACUGCGGCGUCGAACAUCUUCUCGUCUCUCGCGCUCAUCGACAGGGCUCUGAACGCGCUUAAUUCUCUCCCGGUUCUCCUCGCGGAAUUCACCGCGGCCGCCGUCUCCUUCUCGCGCUUCUCCGCCUUCCUCGCCACACACUGGAGAGCCGCGGACCCGGUGCUCUCUCUGCCGACGGGUGGGGAGUCACAAGGCGCCUGGAAGAAGCGGCGGCCGCCGCGCCUGACCUGUGUGAGGGAGGCGCCUGCCGAGCGAGACGAACGGAGAGGACGAACCGAGGAACGCAUUCGAGAAGCCUUGCCUGGAAAGGAGACGACGACGCCUGCGGGGCGAGCGCGUACGGACGCAAAGGAGGGGACAGCGUCAUCGGGGAGCUGGGGGAGAACGAGAGGCAGGGAGACAGCUGCAGAGGCCGCAGGCGGACUGACCGAGACUGCAGUAGACAAACAGAGUUUCAGGCCAAGGGACGAAUCCCUUGUUUCGGCGAAUACCGGGCAGACAGGAGACAGACGAUUUUCCAGGGAGAAGGCAGAGACGCUCCACGCACCGUCGUCGCUCUCCGGAAUCCCUACAGAAGGGUGGGCACAGGCAGGCGCUGUUCCUGUUCCGUCGUCUGCGGUCUCCAAGUCGUCUUCGGUGUGCCGGUGUUCGUCUUCUUCUUCUUCUCGGGACUGUCUCGCAGGCGAAUGCACUCCCCGCGCUGUCCCCGCAUCUGCAAAUGCCUUCAGCGACUCUAGCUCUUAUCGAAGCCAGGCGCGAGUUUCAAUGCCUCUGGGAAGUCCAGGACGAAGCAAAUGUCUUAUUCGUCUCUCUCGCUGCUACUUCGCAUGGCAUUCCUUGACACCUUCCGAACUGGAGGAAUUCGCGCAAUCGUGCUCAACUGUUCCGUCCCUCCGCUCAUCCUUCUGCUGUUCCUUCGGUUCGUCCUCUGCUUCGUUCUCUUCUCCUUCUCUUUUGUCAUCGUCCUCUGUUUCCUUCUCGUCUCCUUCUCUUUUGUCAUCGUCCUCUGCUUCCUUCUCGUCUCCUUCUCUUUUGUCAUCGUCCUCUGCUUCCUUCUCUUCUCCGCCUCUUUUGUCAUCGUCCUCUGCUUCCUUCUCUUCUCCGCCUCUUUUGUCAUCGUCUUCUGCUUCCCUAUCUUCGCCUUCUCUCUUGGCUUCGUCUUCUGCUUCCUUCUCUUCGUCCUCUUCGUCCUGCUUCUGUUCUUCCUCUGGAGCGUUCCCAGCUUCUGCAGCGUCGGCGGGUGCGCUCGUGAGUCGCAGCAAAGUGGUGUUGAAGAACAUCAAUUUGUCGGUGCAUGCAGGCGAGUUGACGGUCGUCGUCGGGCCUUCAGGCGGAGGGAAAAGCAGCCUCCUCUGUGCGCUCAUCGGCGAGCUGGUCCUCCUCCACGGCUCGGUUGCGGUCGCGGGAGAGAGGCCGGAGGAGGUCUUGGAAGGCAGCGGAGUCUUCCCCGUUCACAGGCAGGGUGACGAGAGGCCGAACCCCACAGGACGUUCAAGUGAAGAAGUUGAACAGGAAAAAAGUCGCGACGCCACACGCAACUCUGGACUCGCGCGAGAGCGAUCUCGGGCAGGGACCUCGAGUCGCGUCGCUCGAACAAGGGAAGAAGACGGCGCCCAUCGUGAGGUCCAAAAAGAAAAAGGAGAGGCCUGGCGGAACGGCCAAGAAGGCGGCGAGGAAGGAGGACGUCGCGGUGAAGAACCGGGGGACGAAGGAGACAGCGAGGAAGCAGAACAUGAGCAAGACGACGCAGAAGACAGCGAAGCGAUGGAAGGCAUUCAAGUGGGAUAUGCUGCACAGCAACCUUGGCUAUUUCGCGGCACCGUUCGAGAAAACAUUCUGUUCGGACGGUCCUUCGACGCAGGCGCGUACCACAAGGUCCUGACCGCAUGCGCACUGCACAGCGACCUCAAGAAACUUGCAUGCAAAGACAUGACGGAGCUCGACAGCGGCGGCCAGUGUCUCAGCGGUGGACAACGUACACGAGUCGGACUCGCUCGUGCUCUCUACGGCGCGGCCCUCGCAGCUUCCGCUUCUGCUGCAUCUUCUUCGCUCUCGUCGUCUUCUCCCUCUGCGGCUUCCGGGUCCUCUGUGGUUUCUUCUUCCUUCGUGUCUUCCCCUCCUUUGUGUCUGAAGUCCCGCGCCUCGGGGGGAUUUGGAGGCAGAGCCCAGGGCGCAAGCGACCUGUCUGUCAAGCGUCUGCAGGUCAGGAGAUCGGCUGCAGGCGGUCGGCCUUUGCAACGCGCCCAGAGACGAACGAAAGGGAAGGCAAAGCCAGCCUUUCUCUUUCUCAUCGACGACCCGUUCAGUUCUCUCGAUGCAGUGACUGCGACGUGGAUUUGGAGGCAUGUCUUUGCCGACGGAGGCAUUUUGUCGGGUCAAUCUGUCGUGCUCGUCACGCAUGCAGCGUUCCUCAACACAGUGCGUGAUCCCCCCAUCUCGUCGCUCUUGUACAUGGAGGGCGGAUACCUCGCGCCUCUGCUGUCUACCACUCGCGCGCCUUUCCUCCCUUCUUCCCUCUGCGCUACGCGAACUUCUCGCGACCCGCAGAUGUCGGGAGGCUCUUCGCCUCGCUCGCUCUCUCCCUCGUUCUCUCCGUCCUCUCAAGAGGCGACGCGGAGUCGCGGCUUGCAGGCAAGCUCCGCCGGCGUAGAGAAGAAGCCUGCGCAGCCUGGAGAGGCUCGCCUUUGUUUGCAGAAGGACGCGAGCGAGGCCUGUGGGGGUUUCGCGCUUCCCGACUGGAGGGCGGGGACACCGGAGAAGGAGCGGGGCACAGGCGGUGGUCAGGUUUGUCGCGCUUGGAACGACGACUUGGACGGCAGCAGUGACGCGACGCCUGACUGUCGGAAAAAAGGAUGUAAGAUUCCAGAAAAAGACAAGCGAGAUGAGGAAGAACAGAGAGACGACAGCCGUGUGAAGCAGCAGGUGCGUCGUGUCUUUGAAGCCCAAGACCCCAACACAAGUGAAGCAACAAAGUCGCUUCCAAGUCCGACCACGAAGACGGACGUUGACAACGCCCGCCAGUCGCGCCAGUCGUGCCAGUCGCCGCCGACGCGCUCCCCAACGUCCCUCGUCGUAGAGGCAAACAUGCCUGAUUCUUCGGACGCCUUCCUCCGCUGCAGACCCGUCGCGGCGGGAGGCACGUCGAUGAAAACGACUCAGUCUCUGCCGUCUUCUUCUUCUCUUCAGCACGAGCUCUCCACAGCGGCUUCGGCGGUGGCCUGGCCCUGUGCCGAGGACUUCACAAGCACAAGCGAAGGCCGAAGCAGCUCCUACGGAAGCCUGGUGGCGAAUCCCCCUGCCCGCGCUCCUGGCGGCGCGUCCGCGGAGACGCGUGGCGACGAGAGGGCGAGAGGCAGGAUUUUACUCCGGCUGAAAGAGUCGACAGAGCCGAGGGCCGAGGGAGAUGUUAGCAGUUCGUGUGAGGUUUGUGGACAAGGCGAACAGGUGAAAACGCCGUUCUAUCACAGGGAAAAGAGCGGAGCAGCUUUGGGGUACGCAGGCCGGACGGGUGUGACAGGGGGGAGGGUCGAUGCCUGUCGGAGCGCAGGGCCGGGGGACGAGAGACGACUGGCGCUUCAGAGCGAGUUGGAGAAAAGGCUCUCUGUGUCGGCUGUGUCUCUGGGAAGAGGCGGCGUGCCGAGGAACGGAGUCGAGACUCUAAGGGGAAAACCAAGUGGAAAAGAGAAGGAAAAAUCCCGAGAAGGCGACGCGUUCGACCGAACCCUGUGGGGGGUGUACAUCCGCGCCGCCGGUGCCCGCCGAGUCGUCGGCGUCCUCCUAGCGUGUAUGCUCCAUGCGUACGGCAGUGCCUUCUGCGACUACUGGGUGAAGUGCUGGACGACGAAUCGUCUCCCGUUCUUGUUGCCCCGUCCAUGGGAGACUCUCUUCUCGUCGUUCGUCUCCUCGGCCUCGGUCGCGGAGCCAGGCAACUCCCUUCUGACGGCGUUGAGGUCGGCGCUGUGUGCGCUUCCAUCUCUCGGCGUCUCCUCCGGCGCCUUCUCUUCCGGGGCCUGGAAGCCGGCCUGCGACUCGAGCGACUUCUCGGCCGAGGGCGGUCAUACGUGGAAGGACGUCAGCUUUCUUUUCGUAUACUUCGUUGUCGCGUGCGUCUCCAUUCUCCUCUGCGUCUGCACAACGUUCGGCUACGUUCGAUGCGGCCUGUCCGCGGCCCAGGCGCUCCACGAGCGAAUGCUCGCAGCUCUCCUCAGAUCGGGGAGUUCCUGGGUUGAACGCACUCCGCUCGGACGCAUCCUGAGUCGAUGCAGCGACGACAUUUUCAGCGUCGACGAACAAAUUCCCUCGGCGCUGCACCUCUUCACCGUCAUCGGAGUGACAUUGUCGGCGAAGUUGUUGAUGUUGGCGUGGAACGCGCCUUCUCUCCUCGUCGUCCUGGUUCCUGUGGGUGUCUUUUUCUGGCGCACAUCUGCGCGCUUCAGGGCCUCUGCGCGACAUUUGAAGCGCCUUGAAAUGCUCACGCGGUCCCCGCUGCACGAACGGCUCACCGAGGCCUCCACCGGGGCCGCGACAAUUCGCGCUUUCGGAGCAGAGAGACGCUUUUAUGAAGCGUACGUAGACAAACUCGGCGAGCACCGGCGCACGGUGCAACGCAAUCAGCUGGUGCAUGCGUGGUUGUCGCUGCGACUGCAAGGCUCAGGUGCCAUUGCACAAGGAGCCUUUCUGUUCAUCGUUCUUUUUCCGGUGUUCCUCGUUCCCCACCGCCUCAGCUCGAUGCAGGGCGAACUCGCUGCGGUCUUAGCCCUCGGCUUAUACACGACGAUGCCCCUUGUCCGUCUGCUGACAGCUCUCAUCACUUCGGCCAUCCGAGCCGACAUGCAGAUGGUUGCUGUGGAGCGUCUGACCGAAUAUGCAAAUAUUCCACCUGAGGACGAUUCCUACGACCCCCUUUACUGUCGUCCAACCGCCUCAGCGCUUGAACAUUCGGGGGAGGCCUCAUCAGGCUCCGCUCUUCGUCGGCCGCUCUCUGUCGCCAGCUGGGUCUCCCCUCAGUCGCCUUCGAGCCUGAAGAGUGGAGAAGAUACGCGAUCUCCCGGAAAACCUAAACCGUCUGCAGGAGCCGCUGCAUGCACUGAGACGGUGGCCGACGCACCGGGCUCUGCGCCAGUGGCUGUCGCGCCCAAGCCAUCUGCCUUUCCUCUGUUCUUGCCCUUCCUCAGUCGCGAGGCCUCCUGCCCAGAUCUCGUCUCUCUCGGAAAGAAGAAAGAAUCCACCAAUGCGUCGUCGCCCUCUGUCUCUUCUUCUUCCUCCGCUUCCAGUGCGCUGCAUGGCUCGUCUUCGGCGCGCGCCUCGCAUUCGCCUCUCUGCCGCUCCGAGCCUGAGAAGGCUGAGAUGAGCGGCGCUUCCGCGCAUGCAGGCGGAGUCCCCGAAGUCCCCCGCGAGCAACAUUCGUGCGGUUCCGAGAACGCGACUGGGACGUUUUUCUCAGGGUCGGACUGCGCAGAAAAUGUCUCUUCCCGAGCGCCUCCCGAGACGCACAAACGCGCGAAAGCAGUCCUGAAACAGCUCCGCUUCGACGUAGCGCUUCCUGCAGCCCCCCCCAUCGCCUGGCCGACUGCUGGUCGAAUCGACUUCGAUGAUGUCUGCGUCGAGUACGGGCCAGGACUGGCGCCCGCCUUGAGUCACGCCACUUUCACAAUUUAUCCAGGCGAGACAGUCGCCAUGGUUGGCCGGACUGGGGCAGGUAAGUCGUCUGUUUUGCUGGCCCUGACAAGAAUGGUGAAUUACACGGGCAGCAUCAAGAUCGAUGGCGUCGAUACGCGUCGCAUGCCUCGCCAUAUUCUCCGGUCGCGCCUCGCCCUCGUCCCGCAGAAUCCUGUCCUCUUCUCGGGAUCUUUGCGAAGCAAUUUGGACGCUGAGCGCCUUCGUACCAAUGAGCAAAUUCUCAAUAUCCUCGACCUCUGCAAACUCGGAAAUGUCGUCCGAGCCCUCCCCGAUGGCUUAGACACGCGAAUGUCUGCCGGCGGCGAAUGCGCCAAUGUCGAGUUUCACAUCAAACGAUCUCGACGCAGUGCUGCGAAUACGCGACACCGUCGCCGGAGCGCGACUGCGGCGCCGUCUCCUCCUUCUUCCUCAGAUGCUCACGAAGCUCCGCGUUGGCUUCCGAAGCCUUCCUGUCACUCUUCCCCGUCUCCGCCUUCCGGUUCGGCGCCCUGCGAAGGAGAACGAGAAGGUCGAGAGGCGGCGGAAGGACCGACGGCUCGAGGGACCCGACUCAGCGGGAAGCGACGCGACGCCGACGACGAGAGACACCCUGGACGAGUCCACAGUCGCGAGAGGCCGAAGGAAGCAGGAGAAAGCCAAGCAGGCAGAAAAAACGAGAUCCGCCACGAAAUGAGGAACGAAAUGAGAAGUGCAAAGAGAACGGAGACAAGACGAGAGCGAGACAACGAAAAGAGCGUAUUGCCGGGAAGCAUUCGUUUGUCUCCGGGGCAGCAGCAGCUCCUCUGCUUUUGUCGCGCUCUGCUGCAAGGUGCUCCUAUCAUGUGUCUGGACGAAGUGAACAGUCGCGUCGAUUCAGGAGUCGAAGAAGAUAUUUUUUCGAACGCUUUGCGCACCAAACUCAGGCCGUGCACCGUGUUGAUGAUCAGCCACAGGCUGGAGGAACUACGUUCUCUCUGCGACAGGGUGAUUGCUUUUUACUCGUCGCGCGUGGUGGAAAUCGGAGUUCCGGAUGUUCUGCUUGACAAUCCGAACUCGUAUUUUUCCAAACUUUAUCAUGCCGGCACCACGGAGGGCCAAGAGCGAGAGUGACUGCCGGGGACUGGUGUUUUCCUUUGAACAGAAAACCGCAUUUUUUUCGCCCACUUUUUCUUCCUCCCCAGGUCUCUUGUCCACCCCAAAUGGGUCAUCGAUCAUCCGCCAUCUACAGUUAUAGAUAUUGAAUCAUGUAUGAAUAUACACAUACACAUAUAUAUGUGUAUAUAUAUAUGUAUAUUUAUAUAUAUGGGGUUGGUGAUGGUGGGAGAAGCUUUGCGUGCAUACGGAUAGAGAUUCCACACAUACAUUUUAAGCGUAUGUGCAUCGAUGUGUAUAUCUGAGUAAGUCCAUAGAUAAUUCUCUGUUUCUGCAUACGGCUGUUGACAAGAUCAAAGUACCUGAAGAAUGUAUUAACUUACAUUGAGGUCAAUUGCCAUCGUUGGUGCGCGUUUGGAACGUUGUUGGCAGUUGCCGAUUUAGAUUCCCUCGUGUCGUGGCUUCCAUUUGUCUUGGUUCCACUUUGGUCGCUGUGUCGCACGACGCAUGUAUGCGCUUUCGAGGAGACGAUUUUUUUUCAGAAAGGUUUUUUUCAACUGCACAACCGCAACUGAACGCAGACGCAUGUAUUCAAUCAUGGAAGCCGGAUAAAGCUUAGAACGUGUCUGUGCAGAACUGUUUUCAUGCGCUGGAUGCAUUCGUCAAACGCUUGCGCCUGUUCUGCGGACGAAGGCUUGUCUCGUGGAAUCUGUUUCGAUCCCCCGACAGAGAGGAGAGCCCAGGUUGGUCCCCCCGGCGACAUCUCGGCCGCGCCAGCACAGACCUGCGAUGCUCGCUCUCUGUGUCUCUCUGAUCGGGUACUUGUCGCGCGCUUCUUCCCUCUCAGUGAAAAGGAUCCGCGAACGCGAAUCGCAAGCACGGAAGGCUCCGUAGACCGAACGCCUCAUUGACCGCAUUUCACGCUGGAACGCGCCUUUCUCAGGACCCGGUGAAAAAGGGUGGGGAACCGUCGAACGGCUUCUGCGUAUCUGGUGGGC